CUAUGCAGUGUUACGUUUGGAAAUAAGUCAAAGCCAGAAAGAAAACGGCGCAUUGCGGAGGAAACUACAGCUACUGGAACUGAAGGUGUCACGGGAGCGCGCAGAGAGGACAAUGAGAGAGCGCCUCCUCGCCAGUCGUCCCAAAAGUGUCAAGAUCCUCGACCGAUACAGAGGAAUGGCACGAGGUGAAGGACAUCUCACUGGAGGCCACAGGAGUUUUGGGAAGCCAGCGGGACACAAUACAUGGAGAGAAGACCAACCAAUCACCGUUGAUGAAGGGAGAGGAAUCUCAACCCAGCAUGUUAUUGUGAUAGAGUCUGCAGAUGGAGAGGCGGCAGGUCCUGGAGGACCAUCUCUAGUAAAGCAGGAGAGGUCUAAAGGAGAGGACCCACAACACAGCAGAGACAUCCAGACUGGAGCAGCGGCUGGAGUGGCGCCCCCUGUUGCCACGGAGGACCACGUGACCGCUGUGCAGCCCAGGACCCGAUGCAGCAUCACGGAGGUCAAAGGAACGCUGAACGCCGUCCUCAAGUCAGAGACAGACACAGAGACUUUAACUGUAACACGAAGGCUGGGGAGACUGGGCUGUCCUCCUGCUCCCGACUCAGAGUAUUUACUUUACGGUAGCCCGAGGACGGUUCAUUCUCAUCGGGACUCAGGUGAUGCGUUAGAGACUGGCAAUGAUCCGUCUUGUUCUUACGCUACAGAGAUGGACCCUGGCAACAUGCCCUUGGGUUUAGACACACAGACUGAUCCGUCUAAAGGGGACUGGAACCGGUACAGUAGUAGUGUAUACUCUGAAGGGUGCCUAGAUAAGAAAGGGGAGAGUCUGGUCGUAGAUGAAGUGAUUGUGAAAGUGGAGGGCGAAGUGACUGUGAAAGUGGAGGGUGACGUUCCUCCCACAUGGAAUGCAGAUAGUCACCUAGGAGAUGGACUGUCACAAGGCAGAGAUUUCUUAGAUUACAGGGAGAGCUUAGAGACAAAUCCAAAUGUCACGACCCACUCCCCUUUACACACGCUCAGGGAUCACGACCUAGUGUCCACGUCAAUGGGGCCUUCUGAUUCACACAACUGCCUUUUUGAUCAGGCAUUGAACUCAAACGACAGUGCUAGAGCCCAGGCUCAGGGAGGGGGAGCCACAUCAGGCAAUAGUAAAGAGAAACGGUUCCUCUGCAGGUUCUGUAACAAAGGCUUCAGCUGCCCCCAGAAAGUGAAGGUCCACCAGAGGAUCCACACAGGGGAGAAACGCUUCAUGUGUACCCAGUGUCACAUGCGCUUUGCCCAGACUGGUGACCUGAAGAGGCACCAGAGGGUCCACACAGGGGUGAAACCCUUCAGCUGUACCCAGUGUCAUAUGUGCUUCACACAGGCUGGCCACUUGAAGAGGCACCAGAGGGUCCACACAGGGGAGAAACCCUACAGCUGCCCCCAAUGUGAGAAGAGGUUUUCCCGCCAGGACCAGCUGAAGCUGCACCUGAAGGUCCACAUGGGAGAAAAGCCGUUUGCUUGUACGCACUGCGGGAAGAGCUUCUCAGAGAGGAGCUACCUCAGGAUACACCAGCAGAAAAACCAUUCCACUAUAUAACAUAGAAAGAUCAAACCCUGCAUUAAAAGACAAAGAUUAAUUUUCAUUGUUUUCAGCAGAAAAGAUCCACAGAUGCAUUUGGAAUAAUGAGAGUAACAGAUUUCAGUGUUGACUAUUCUUGGGUAGAGUAUUGCAUCCAUUCAUUGUGUGAUGUAUAUAAGGCAUAUAUAUAUAAGCCUAGAAAGUCAAAUCAAAUUGUAUUUUUCACAUGCUCGGAAUACAACAGGCGUCGACUUUACCAUUAAAUUGUAACACGAGGAAUAAAAUACACAAGAACGAAGCUAGUGUAUAUACAGGGAGUACCAGUACGAGUUCUGGUUUCCA